UACUUCCAAGCUCGGCCCGCACGGCUUAUUGAGGAUGGCAUUGAGGAAGAGGAAGAUGGGAAGCAAAUUGUGAAACUGUUUUUCCCUGAACUUUCUGAAAUCGAGGACAUCCCCUUUGCAGGAAGACAGAACUCUGUCAAGGUGUUAGUGGAUUACAGACCUGUCUUUAGAUUGUGUAAACGGAGCAUCUUGCUUAAGGAUGUAGCUCUUUGUUCACAGGGCAAGGAGUGGGAAGUUUACCAGAAUGGAGUGCACGUUAGAACGAGUUUUUUGCUGGUCUUCCAGCCAAAGUGGACUGCUUAGCCGCCAAUUACUGGAGGUUUCAUCUGUGAUGUUUCACUUGCGGUAGGUGAGCUGAACAAGCAGGACAGCGGGCGAGCUGUCGUAGGGUGGCAGCAGUUCAGUUUUUGUUCUCUUCAAAGUAAAAGAAAUUUGGAUUGACAAUGAAACGGCGACGCAAGUACUGGUUUUGGAGACGGAAAGCUGAAAACGCAAAGAUGUGUCUGCUCUGCUGUUAUGAGACGAACGAUAACGCGGUGUGUUUCCAGUCCAAGUGUGCCGAUGAAGAAGCCUGUGUUCCUGUGAAAAUUGAGCCCUCCAGAGCCCUGGGCCGGAGUUCGUCAUGCAGGCACAUAGGUAACUCCAGUGUGCAGGCGUGUCUGAGUCGAGCAAGCAGUGGGGGCAGCGAGAAGAGCCAGGCUGGCGUCAAUGGAAGAGGUUCUGGCAAGAGGCCGCCGUCACAGUCCAAACCACCAGUGCCUCCCAAGCCAGCACACCUUCAGAGCCCGGUGACAGAGCUGUCAUCCCCACUGGCUCACAACCAGAAACCCCAAUUUAGACCAGGGAUGGAGGAGGGAGGAGGUGGAGGAGGAAGGGGGGCGACAAACCGGGAGAGAGUGAGAAUCAAACACUCCAAAGUAUCAGACCUCAUCAGCCGAUUUGAGGAGAACAGCAACACGGGCAACAAGAGAGACAGCUCGCCAUUCAAACAGAGCGGCAAGUCGGCCAACUGCAGCCCCGCACACCGGACCUCCCACAACCUGACGGAAGCUGCUAAGAUUGAGGAGAACGACUCCACAGUUGAACUGGACUCUGCGUCAUCCAAACCGCAGGAUGCUCACAUGCCCACGGCGAACGGGGUGCUAGUGCAGAUGGAGCAGGACAAGGAGGAGGAGAAAAAGGCGUGCAAUGGCGAAAAUGGGAGUAUAGACAGUACGGAGCUGGUUAAUGGAGAUAUGGGACGCACGGACAGCAGGGCCGAGGACUCACAUUCACGCACGGACAGGACUGGUUCACAAAGUUCCCAAGAAAAUGAAGAGGGUGGGACUAACUCGAAACAGGAACAUGCGGAAGAGGCGGGUACAGAGCAGAAGGAGACAAAUGAGCAGAAACUGUAUAAAAUUGCCAGUGAGCUCUUGCAUACGGAGAAGGCCUACGUUACAAGACUCAACUUGUUGGAAAAGGAAUUUUGUGCCAAGCUCACGGAGGAGGCAAUGAAAGGAACAUUCCCUGUGGAUGUGGUCAAAAACAUCUUCUCAAACAUCUCCUCCAUCAACACUUUUCACAGUCAGUUUUUGCUUCCUGACUUAGAGAAACGAAUGGGAGAAUGGGAGUCCACGCCUCGCAUCGGAGACAUCCUCCAGAAGCUCACACCCUUCCUCAAAAUGUAUGCGGAGUAUGUGAAGAACUUCGACAAGGCCAUGGAGCUGCUGAAACAGUGGAGUGACCGAUCUCCACAGUUCAAGUCCAUCAUUCAGGAGAUACAGAGUCAAGAGGCUUGUGGCAACCUGACACUUCAGCAUCACAUGCUGGAGCCCGUGCAGAGAGUCCCACGAUACGAGAUGCUUCUCAAAGACUACCUGAAGAAACUUCCUCAGGAUGACCCUGACAGACGGGACGCAGAAAAAUCCUUAGAAAUCAUCGCCACAGCAGCGACUCACUCCAACAGCGCCAUUCGCAAAUCUGAAAAUCUGAAAAAAUUGAUGGAGAUUUAUGAGAUGCUCGGUGAGGAAGAGGAUAUCGUUCAUGCCUCGAACGAGUUCAUCAAAGAAGGUCACAUCCUGAAGCUGGCAGCCAGGAACACCUCAGCCAUGGAGCGAUACCUCUUCCUGUUCAACAACAUGCUCUUGUAUUGCGUGCCCAAAUUCAGCCUGGGAGGACCCAAGUACACCGUUCGGACGCGGAUCGGCAUUGAUGGGAUGAAAGUUCUGGAAACCACCAAUGAGGACUACCCUCACACCUUCCAGGUUUCAGGGAAAGAGAGGACUUUAGAGCUACAAGCCAGCUCCGAGCAGGACAAGGCGGGCUGGAUCAAGGCAUUCCGAGAGACCAUUGAAGUCUUCCAGCAAAAAAACGAGUCAUUCAAGAACGCAUCCAAGGAUGUGGAGGAGGUGUCUAAUGCUGAGCUGGGAAAGCGUGCUCCUCGCUGGAUACGCGACAAUGAAGUGACAAUGUGCAUGAAAUGUAAAGAACCUUUUAACGCACUUACGCGACGAAGACAUCACUGCAGAGCUUGUGGCUAUGUGGUGUGCUGGAAAUGCUCCGACAACAAGGUGCCGCUGGAGUACGACGGCAACAAAGUGAACAAAGUGUGCAGGGACUGUUUCUCCAUCCUGACAGGAGAAACUAUUGCCGAGGGCAAGAGGAAAGGUAUCUUGGAGAUCGAAGCGGCUCAAUUCACUGGCAGUAGCAUCAUGUGUGGCUUCCUGCAGUACUGCGAGAAGAACAAACCUUGGCAGAAGAUGUGGUGUGUUAUCCCCGAGAAGGAGUGUCUAGUACUUUACCUCUACGGAGCUCCUCAGGACGUGAAGGCCCAGAGCACCAUCCCCCUGCUCGGCUACUCGGUCGAUGACAGCAGCCGCCCCGCCGAGCCCCAGGCUAGCUUCCGCCUUUCCCAGUCCAAAUCCGUCCACAGCUUCGCGGCCGAGAGCGAGGAGCUCAAGCAGCGCUGGCUGAAAGUGAUCCGCGUGGCCGUGACGGGCGAGGUGCCCGAGCGCCCUCACGCCAACGGCGGCAACAUGGCGGACGGCGCCGCGCAGGAAGCGGCCUCGGACAGCUCGUAAGGAUGCCGGGAGUUUGUCUGCAAUUUGUGUGACUGAGGUCACACACACUUUUUCUCUUUGCUGGGCCAAAAAGGACAACGCAAGUGCUGGAUGAACUGCCUUUUUCUCCCCACACUUUUUUUUCUUUAAAUCUUGGAUGAUUUCAAGAGAUGUGCUGUAUUACUAAAAGAACACUAGGACUGAGACGCUUUCUGCUUUGGCGUUCCCUUAAGCUUGUGGACUUGUACUGCACCAACUACUCAGUCUUACCUGUACAGUAUAACUGUCUAUUUCGAAAAAGAUUUUUUUUUUCCCCUCCCAGCUCCUCACCUUGUUUUGAUAACGUGGAGAAAAAAAAGAUAACAAAUGAUAGAAAUUGUCAGUAUUCUCCCUCUUUUUUUUCAAACUGUGAACAAGAUGAUGGCGUCCCUCACACUCACUCAACUUAUUUGGGUAAAGCCAUGGAAUAAUCGGUUGCACAACAUCCUAGAGGGCUGCUAAGCAAUCCUCUUAUAUCAAAUUAUCGGAGGCAUAUUUGUUUAAACAGUCAAUUGAUGAGGGAAGUCACCCAAGAACAAUUGCUCACUUUUAGUACACCAGCAACAGACUUUAAUAGAUUUUAAUCCGACAUAAACUGCUUUAAGGACAUAAUUAUUAUCCAUACUAAAAAUGAUGUUGAAAAUACAAUCUCGCUGCAAUUGAUUGGUGAUCAAUGCAAGGUGUACCCUACCAAUGACACAAAGGUCAAUUGUGAUGGUCUCCAGUGACCCCACUGAAGACACGCAGGAAGAAACUGAACAUAUGAAUGAUAUAGAAUAAUUGCGUUUGGCCACUUUGAUUGAACUUCCUCCACAAUGAACUUUCUGAAGCUUUCUGCACAUUUGUGACAGUCCUAAGGAUAGGACCCACGAUGUUAAGUAAACCAUGUCAAAUAAACAAAUACCGUUUGGGUAAACCCGUCAUAGCUGAACAGAAUAAAUACAUUUCACUCUUUUUGUUUGUUUGUUCAUCAAAAUAGACGUGUGUGUCGGUGCACUGCAACAAGCGCCAACAGCCUCAGCCACAGGUCGCGAGCAAGACUGAAUGGUUCAACUAAUGACUGUGGUCUGCAUAGAGCAGCUUCUCUUUUUCAGCGCAAAUGUACAAUGAGAUGUUAACAAGCUGGUGCAAGAAUGUAAAUGUUUUUUUUUUUGUUUUCAAUUAAUACUAUAAGUAAUUGUAUUAUUUAAAGUAAUUUAUAGAUGAGCAUGAGCUGUUGGAAACUAGCACAAAUCUGUCUCCAGAAGGAAAAAAAACGUUUUUAUAAUCCAUAGUUUGUCAGGUGUUCUGCAGUGAGACAUGCAGUGGUUCUAUGAACUGACGCAGAGGGGAUGGAUGUGCCUGUUUUGUUUUUUUUUUUUGUUUGUUUUUUUUAACCAUUCUCGGUCAACAAAUAAAAGAGCACAAUGCUUCACUGUGUGUCUAGCCAACAUUUGUAUGCGCGCAUCUCCUCACCCCCAAACAUUUGAAAAGUGUACAACUACAUUAAAUACUUGUGGAUCCAG